CCUCGGCAGAGGGACACGCGUGAGGUGGUGGCCAUCAAGUGUGUGAGCAAGCGGAGCCUCAACCGGGCAUCGGUGGAGAACCUGCUGACGGAGAUUGAGAUCCUGAAGACCAUCCGCCAUCCACACAUUGUGGAGCUCAAGGACUUCCAGUGGGACAGCGACCACAUCUACCUGAUCAUGGAGUUCUGCGCCGGGGGGGACCUCUCCCGCUUCAUCCGGACGCGCAGGAUCCUCCCAGAGAAGGUAGCACGCAUCUUCCUGCAGCAGCUUGCCUGCGCCCUGAAGUUCCUCCAUGACCGCAACAUCUCCCACCUGGACCUAAAACCUCAGAACAUCCUCCUGAGCUCCCCAGAGAACCCCCAGCUGAAGCUGGCAGAUUUCGGGUUUGCACAGCACAUGUCACCAUGGGACGAGAAGCACGUUCUGCGGGGCUCCCCGCUCUACAUGGCCCCCGAGAUGGUCUGCCGCCAGCAGUACGACGCCCGGGUGGACCUGUGGUCGGUGGGCGUCAUCCUUUAUGAAGCACUUUUCGGAAGGCCGCCCUUUGCCUCCCGCUCCUUCGCCGAGCUGGAGGAGAAGAUCCGCAGCAGCCAGGCAGUUGAGCUGCCCAGCCGGCCCCCGCUCUCCCCGGAAUGCCGGGAUCUCUUAGGACAGCUCUUGGAGAGGGACCCUUUGAAGCGCAUCUCCUUUGAGUGCUUCUUCGCCCACCCUUUCGUGGAUAUGGAGCACGUCCCUGGCCCCGAGAGCCUCAGCAAGGCGACCGACCUGGUGGUGGAGGCGGUGAAGAAGGAUCAGGAGGGGGACGCCUCUGCUGCCCUCUCCCUCUCCUGCAAAGCCCUGGAGUAUUUUGUGCCAGCUCUGCACUACGAAAGCGAUGCUCGCCGGAAAGCAGCCAUCCGUGCCAAGGUAGGGCAGUACAUCUCCCGAGCGGAGGAGCUGAAGGCGUUGGUCACCUCCAGCAGCAAGAACCUCCUGCAGGAAGGGAACCCGGCCAGAGCGCUCCUUAAAGAGAUGGCCAAGGACAAGCCUCGGCUCUGCGCUGCACUGGAAAUGGCUUCUGCUGCCAUCGCUAAGGAGGAGGAAGGCAAAGAUGACGGUGACACCCUGGAGCUCUACCAGCACAGCCUGGGGGACCUGCUGCUCCUCCUGGCCGCGGAGCCUGCGGGGAGGCGACGGGAGCUGCUUCAUGCCGAGAUCCAGACCCUGAUGGCCCGAGCCGAGUACCUGAAAGAUCAGAUGAAGAUGCGGGAGGCGCGAUCUGUGGGCAAGGAGGCGCUGGCAGAGCCCGUCCGGAGCAGUGAGUCCACAUCUCCAUCCUCCAUUCCCUCUCAUCCCUUCGCAGGGGGCUUGGGUGAAAAGCGUCCCCUCUCGUGGCUGCGGUCCCGCGGCGGGGAAUAUCCCUACCACUGCCACAGCCAUGGGGAUAUUCCUGCCCGUGGGUAAUCCUGACCUGGCACACACUCCUCUUCCCCCCCAGCACGGGGUCAGCCGUGCCCAAGCCCACCCGGGCUGGGAGACGGUGCGUGCAGGCAAGUGAGAGCCCUCUGUGCCCCCCGGCACAGCCUGUACCUUGCAGUGAUGCCCGCCGGUGGGGUGGAGGAAAGACGAGGCUUUCAUCCUGACUGCGCUGGGGUAACCACCUCGGGGGCUCACCCGUGGGCUUCCACCCCCGGAGGGUCCCACAGGUGGGUCCGCGGGGCCAUCUGCCCCUCAGCCUUCCCCGGCCACAGCAGGCAGGUUAUUCCACUCCAAUUCCCUCCGCUGGCUGCAACGGGCUGAGUAUUUUUAUCCCAGCACCCAGGCUCCAGCAGAAUAUCCCCCCUGCCAAUGGCAUGUGUCUCUCUGCCUUUUCGGCUGGGUGUUUCUUCCACCUCCCACAUUCUUCUGGGGGAGCCUCGAGCGUACACACAGCCCGGCCCCCGGCAGACCCCUGCCGGUAGCUCCAGGCUGUUGGUGACAGCAGCAGGCCGGGGGUCAGGGACGCUGCCUGCACCUGCCCUCCCCUGUGCCUUUCUCAGCCAGCAACUACCUCUGCACCCACCGCCGCUCGCCCGGCCUUGAGCACCCAAUUUUGCACUGUCCCAGCCCAGCCGUACCUCCCGCUCGCUGCCGGAGCAUUGGGGUGGAGGCUUUUGCUUCCCUCAACCCGUCCGCACUGGAGUCUGGCACGCACCCUCUUGCCUUCGCCAUUUGUGUCAUGAGGUGUUAGCAGUUCUCAGCGGGGACGGGUGGAUUCUGCCUGCUCCUUGGCGGGUAUAGUCGUCGAAUAAAACAGAUGAGCCAAAAUCAAUCACCUUCAGGGACAGAGUCGCACAGCUGCCUGCAGCGAUACCUCCCUGAAGGCAGAGCCUGGGCGUCCUGUCCACUCCGCUCCUCAGGGCUCUGACAACCCGAAUAUCCAAAUUAUAUUCCCAGGAGCCCUCCCAGCCCUGCAGAAGUCACUGACCCUGGGUGGUGAGGUCUGCCUGUCCUGCAAAGCAAGGGACUUGUCUCAAAAAUGUACUAUAUGUG